AUGUUUUGUUACAGCUUGUUGGACAUUGCAGAUAUCGAGAGCCGCCUUGAAUAUUCUGUCGAGGGCGCUAUCCAACCCCAAGAAGUCGGCCAAGUGGCCCGAACUAUCAACACCGAAGAAGCCCUAGCUCUCGCCCUUGGAGUUGGUGCACUCAAACCACGAGAUUCCAAAAGCUCCCGAUUUAAAAGGCUGACCAGUAUUCCCAAUCAGAAGGGCCUUGACUUUCGGAUUGUCCAUCUCCAGGCCAAGUUAAAUUGGUCCUUGCGUUCCCUUUUCACCGAACUAAUCAUCAUCUCGGGCAAUAUUGUAAUUGCGAUCUCAGUCACCGGCACCAGACCAUCGGGUUCCACGAUGGCUGCAUUGCCUUCAGCUCAAAACGUGUAG